UAAGGGGCAGAGAGCCUCCCCUCCUCACUGCGCUAUAAAAGAGACCCAGCAAAGGGACCCUACCAGCUUCUAGCUCUCAGCCUGGGUGAAGGUGUGAAAAGCAAAGCCUGAGACCUUCGGAUCACAGCCCACCAGCUCAGAGGCACCGCCAGCAUGUUUCCUUCCUUCAAACUUCAGGGUCACUUCGUCCUGAUCUUCCUGCUGGCUCUGAGAGGGGAGAGCCGGUACCUAGAGCUGCGGGAAGCGGUGGACCAUGACCCCUUCCUGCUCCUCAGCGCCGACCUGAAGCGGGAGCUGGCGGGGGAGCAGCUGUACCGCCGCGCUCUCCGCUGCCUGGACAUGCUGAGCCUCCAGGGCCAGUUCACCUUCACCGCCGACCGGCCACAGCUGCACUGUGCUGCGUUCUUCAUCAGCGAGCCCGAGGAGUUCAUCGCCAUCCGCUAUGACCUGGUCUCCAUCGACUGUCAGCGCGGGGACUUCCUGAAGGUGUUUGAUGGUUGGAUUCUCAAGGGAGAGAAGUUCCCCAGUUCCCAGGAUCACCCUCUCCCCACCACUGAGCGGUACAUAGAUUUCUGUGAGAGUGGGCUUAGCAGAAGGAGCAUCAGAUCAUCCCAGAACGUGGCCAUGAUCUUCUUCCGGAUCCAUGAGCCAGGAAAUGGAUUCACAUUAACCAUAAAGACAGAUCCCAACCUCUUUCCCUGCAAUGUCAUUUCCCAGACCCCAAAUGGAAGGUUUACCCUGGUAGUUCCACAUCAGCAUCGAAACUGCAGCUUCUCCAUUAUUUAUCCUGUGGCGAUCAAAAUAUCUGAUCUCACCCUGGGACACUUAAAUGGUCUACAGGUAAAGAAGCCCUCAGCAAGUUGUGGAGGAAUAGGAGACUUUGUGGAACUGCUGGGAGGAAAUGGACUGGACCCUACCAAGAUGAUGCCUUUAGCUGAUCUCUGCUAUCCCUUUGAUGGUCCUGCCCAAAUGAAAAUUGGCUGUGACAACACUGUGGUGCGCAUGGUCUCCAGUGGAAAACACAUAAAUCGUGUGACUUUUGAGUACCGCCAGCUGGAACCAUAUGAACUGGGAAACCCAAGUGGAAACAGUAUCCGGGAAUUCUGUUUGUCUAGUCUUUGAAUAACCAACCCAAUGAUUUAUAUGCUGCUAACUAAGUGAGUCUUUAAUGGCUGUUAUAUAUGAUUUUGAUGACGAGCUAGUUAAAAGCCUUUCAUACCAGUCAGUAUUCCUAGUGUUGAGCACACAUCACACACAUACAAGCAUUCAUUUUUGUACCUUGCUUCUUUUACAUUUUAACAUAUAAAUCACUACAUGGCAGAAAAUAAGCUCCACCUUUGGUAGAAAAAGUUUUCUGUAAUUCUUUGGUAUGCUACAAACCUGAGCUGGUAAAACAAGUACAAGGCAAUGUGCAAUAAAAAAAUUGUAUCUCAAGAGAAAGUGCUACAAAUAAAUUAAAAUGGUGGUUUCAUAGUAAUUUCAUAACAAAAAACAAUGGAAUGUCUGUGUAUACCAAAGUAGUUGCAUCUGUUUGCUUAUUUGUUUAUUAUUCUGUUUACAAGAGAUAAUAGUUAUAGCUAUUAUUUAUUAAUUUGUAACAACUUGUUCUUAACAAAACUUCAUAGCAUGGAAAAAAAUUUCCAUCCACAAAUACAAACAUGAAUAAAUAUAUAUACAGAAU